GAAUAAGAAAAAUAUUUAACAGGUUCAUAGAAUUAUUGCUUAAGAGUUCACAAAGUUUACAAGUUAUUGAAAAGAUUGAGUUUCGUAUAUGAUUUUAACUUUCUCGUUUAGAUAUUGAAUAUCUAGUUCCAUCUAAACAAAGUCUAGACGUUGUCGACUUGUCGUACUUGGUUGUUGCAUCCUGAAUUUCUAACUCAUUGUAAAACCUCUAGACAAAACAUAUUAGCAUUGACUAGCGUUAAAUUUAGUGAAUCGGAGACAGAAUUCUGCCGGCGACAAGCGGAGCAGAGUUAAGUUAGGGAUUACGGCGAUGAAUUGACAGAGUAUUUUGGAGAUUGGGUGCGACCUUUUUAGAGAUUUUGGAGUCGAAUCGACUAUUUAAAUAAGUUUAAGACAAAAUUUUAAAAAAAUUAGGAUGUUAGAUAGAAGUUCGGUAAAUUUAGAUGCUGAGUGUGCGAGGUAUGAAGACCCUAGUACGAAGGGAAAACAAUAAGGCAACUUUUUAACGGUAACCCGGGAAACUCCGAAUUUUCAAUCACUCCGUUACCAAACAUGGCAAACUAGACGGGUCAAGUCAAACCGCUGCCGCCACUCUGGUUAGGGUUUUAUGCAUUCAAUCGCUCCCCUUCUCGCCGGGAAAUAACCAACCGAACGAACGACCAAAUCGAAAUCCAUGAAGCUCGCCGGUAUAAAAUCCGUCGAAGGCGCCCACGACGAAUCGGUGUGGGCGGCGACGUGGGUCCCCGCGACCUCCAGCCGGCCAGCGCUACUCCUCACCGGCUCACUCGACGAGACCGUCAAGCUGUGGAAGUCCGACGACCUCAACCUCGCGGGGACCAAUACGGGCCACUGCCUCGGCGUCGUCUCCGUCGCGGCACACCCUUCCGGCAUCAUAGCUGCCUCCGCGUCGCUCGACAGCUUCGUUCGAGUUUUCGAUGUCAAUACCAACGCAACCAUCGCCACUCUCGAAGCUCCUCCUUCCGAAGUCUGGCAAAUGCAGUUCCAUCCCAAGGGCACCAAACUUGCAGUUGCAGGUGGAGGCAGCGCUUCCAUCAAAGUAUGGGACACAUCCACAUGGAAGCUGACUUCUACCUUGACAAUUCCUCGCCCCGAAGUGCCAAAGCCCUCCGAUAAGAACACCAGCAAGAAGUUCGUCCUGUCGGUGGCUUGGAGUCCCGACGGCAGAACAAUUGCGUGCGGCUCAAUGGACGGCACAAUCUCCGUCUUUGAUGUGGCCCGGGAGAAGUUUAUGCACCACCUGGAAGGCCACUCCAUGCCCGUGCGGUCCCUCGUGUACUCCCCAGUCGACCCACGUGUCCUGUUCUCGGCAUCCGACGAUGCUCACAUCCACAUGUACGACGCCGAGGGGAAGAGCCUGGUCUCGUCCAUGUCGGGCCACGCCAGCUGGGUGCUGAGCGUGGAUGCGAGCCCCGACGGUAAUGCUAUCGCCACGGGGUCGAGUGACAGGACAGUGAGGCUGUGGGAUCUCAAGAUGAGGGCUGCUCUGCAGACGAUGAGCAACCACACUGACCAGGUUUGGGCUGUGACGUUUUGUCCCCCUGGAGGGACCGGAGUGCGUGGUGGACGGCUGGCGAGUGUCUGCGACGACAAGAGCAUAUCUUUGUAUGAUUAUUCUUGAACGAGGAACUAGUGAAGCUGAUUUUGUUUGUAGAAAGAAAAGAACUUUUACCUUCUGUCAUUUUCCUUCAUACAAUGUAGUGUUUUUGUGUUGGACUGGAUCGUUUGAAAUGCAGGUGAUGCUUCGAGUUCGCAUUUUGAAGCAAUUUGGUUUUAAAUCAAAAAAUUUAUCGUUCUUUUUUUCAAAACCCACAUGCUUAUCUUUCAUCACUACUCUAACUUGAGUAUCAAAACUUUCUAUACAAAAUAUCGAUUAGAAUUUUUUUUUAGACAACGAAACAUUGAACACAAAUUGAUAAACAAUCCAUGUGCCCUACCUAGGAAGUUGGAUAUCAGCUUCAACUAAAGCAAAACUCUAUCGUUAACCAAGAAAUGAUGUAAUAUGUGCUUGUUAAAUUGUUAAGUCACGUUGAUCUAACGCCUUAGAAUUUUUUUAAGCAAGUGAACAAGCUAAUCAAAGAACGGAAAGAAAAUACAAAGAGAUUUUUCGAUAGUUGAGUAUUUUCCAUGGUUGUUAUGCCGUGACAUGUCAGCCAGACAGUCGGUUCAACUGGGUUCAAUCGAUAUCCGUUACAAAAUCAGUUGGAAAUGUCGUUCAUACCAGUAAUACCAAAGAUAUUGUUGAAUUCAAAUAUGCAUAUUUAGAUGCUUAUGUUAUUUGUUGGGUUCAAGUAAAAAUUUUGGAUCUUUAACAUAAAUUUUGUAUUAAAUAUGAGAAUGUUUU